UCCUCGUUGCCUUCCCCCAAUGAGAAACGGAGUUUCCGCUGCGUCAUCGCGCGGGCGGGCGGAAAACGCCCAAUCAACGCCCGGAGAGAAUUGGCGUAAUUAAAAAGCGGCGGCGGAAGGAGGUGGGAGGGUCAUGACGCAGCGAGUUUUGAGUCCUGACUUUUCCGGGAGCCUGUCGGCGUUGCCCUUUUUUUCCCUUUAAAGUACAGCGUGGUCGCGACGCGUCGUGCGCGCCCUCCGUGGGGCGGCGGCGGCGGGAGGAGCGGCGCUGACGCGGGCCCCGGGAAAGGGGGCCAGCCGCGGCGCGCGGUCACGUGGGCGUGUUGUGGGGGGAGGGGCGGUGUCGCACGGUCGGUUCCGGGCGGUUGGAGCGCGCGAGCGAGCGAACGAACGAGCGAACGAACGCGAGCAGCCGCGCCCGCCGCCGCCGCCGGGCCUGCCCUGUAUGCCGCUGUCGCCCGGCGCGGCCUCCGCCGAUCGCCCGCAGCAGAAGCAGCAGAAGCAGCCGCCGCGGGAAGCGUCGCCGCCGCGGUGGAUGUGGUUGGGCCGGGGCUGAGGAGGCCGCCAAGAUGCCGCAGUCCAAGUCCCGGAAGAUCGCGAUCCUGGGCUACCGGUCUGUGGGGAAAUCCUCAUUGACGAUUCAGUUUGUCGAAGGUCAAUUUGUUGACUCCUACGAUCCAACCAUAGAAAACACUUUCACCAAGCUGAUCACAGUAAACGGACAGGAGUAUCAUCUUCAGCUUGUAGACACAGCCGGGCAAGAUGAAUAUUCCAUCUUUCCUCAGACAUACUCCAUAGAUAUUAAUGGCUAUAUUCUUGUGUAUUCUGUUACAUCAAUCAAAAGUUUUGAAGUGAUUAAAGUUAUCCAUGGAAAAUUGUUGGAUAUGGUGGGGAAAGUGCAAAUACCUAUAAUGCUGGUUGGGAAUAAGAAAGACCUGCAUAUGGAAAGGGUGAUCAGUUAUGAAGAAGGGAAAGCUUUGGCGGAAUCUUGGAACGCAGCAUUCUUAGAAUCAUCUGCUAAAGAAAAUCAGACUGCUGUUGAUGUUUUUAGAAGGAUAAUUUUGGAGGCAGAAAAAAUCGACGGGGCGGCUUCGCAAGGGAAGUCAUCAUGCUCGGUGAUGUGACCGGCCGUGACGCCCAGGGGCUGGGCUGUGCUUCCUUGGCUUCUGUUCACCUGACAGGUGGCAUUUGGGUCAGAGCUUUUUUUUUCCCCCCUUUCAGAUUAUGUUCAACUCUGACUCUGUCCAAAUGAGUUCACUUCCAUUUUCAAAUUUUAAGCAAUCAUAUUUUCAAUUUAUAUAUUGUAUUUCUUAAUAAUAUUAUGACCAAGAAUUUUAUCGGCAUUAAUUUUUUCAGUGUAGUUUGUUGUUUAAAAUAAUGUAAUCAUCAAAAUGAUACAUAUUGUUACACUACUAACUAGGCUUCAACAUAUCAGUGUUUAUUUCAUUGUGUUAAAUGUAAACUUGUAAAUAAAAUAGCUGCAAACCUUAA